AUGGGACGACUGGCCAGCAAGCGCAAGCUCAAGCAAUGCGACCCGUUCUUCAAGGGCAAGAAGACAGUGGGAACUGACAGCUCCAAGUAUGACAUGGCGCCGACGCUGUCGAAGCGCAAAAAGAAGAUGAUGAACAAGGAGAUAGAUCAAGCGGCUAUCGACCGGUUCGUCCUAGGCAAUGGGUCGACUUCGGGCGGCGGCAAAAAGAAGAAGAGCGGCGGCACGUUGGCAGACGUGGAAGGUCGUCGUCCAGGUGAGACGAUGCGUGCGUUCAACCACCGCAUGGGGACCGAAGUGAAGCGCGUGCUCGCCCAAGAGACGAAGAAGACCCAGAAGACUACCAUCAAGCGCAAGUCAUUUUUGGAAUCAAAGAAGGAAAAGACUCGGCGCAAAAAAUUGACGGAACAAGAACGAUACGAGCUCGAGUUUCAAGAAACAGGGUCUACGAAGAAGGACAACUUCGAAGGCGCCGAGCGGAUACGAUUUGGUGAACGCUACGAUGCCCCGCCUAUCUUGCCCGUGCUGAAGGGCACGCUAAAGCGAAAGGCCGACGACGCCGCGGCCAACAGGGCUAAAAAGCACAAGGCGUAG